AUGGCCGCGACCCAAGACAACUCGCUGCCGGCUCUGCUGAGCAACCUCACUGCUUCCCUGACCUCGGCCUCGGAACUCGUCCCCGACCAAGACUCCACCAUUCCCCCCAAAGACGGCAUCUCGCUCCUCGACGUCAAGAACGAGCUGCUGCUCUCCUACCUGCAGAACCUCGUCUUCCUCAUUCUCCUCAAGCUGCGCAACACGCCCGCCAAGUCCGCCGCCAAGUCUGCCGCCAAGUCCGACUCCGACGAGGCCGUCGUCAAGAAGCUCGUCGAGCUGAGGCUGUACCUGGAGAAGGGCGUGCGUCCGCUCGAGGGCCGCCUCAAGUACCAGGUCGACAAGGUGGUGCGCGCGGCCGAAGAUGCUGCGCGCGCCGAGGCGCAAAAGGACGAGGCCGCGAAGCCUGCCGCGAAGAAGAAGGCUACGAGCGAGGACGCCAGCGACGACGAGUCCGGCUCCGGCUCCGACGAGGACGAGGACGCCGACAUUGACGAGCUGGCCUACCGCCCCAACCCCCUCGCCUUCGCCCGCCCCGCGGCCGCGGCCGAGGAAAGCAAGAAGGCGGCGCGCGAAGAGCCCAGCGACGGCAUCUACCGCCCGCCGCGCAUCACGGCGACGGCCAUGCCCGAGUUCACGACGCGCGGCCGCGAGGAAAAGGGCGCGUACAAGCCGGCCAAGUCGGCGACGCUGGACGAGUUCAUUGCGACAGAGCUGUCGGGCGCGCCCCUCGCCCAGCCCAGCAUCGGCAGCAACGUCGAGGCCGGCGGGCGGCGCACCAAGAGCGCGCGCGAGCGCGAGGAAGAGGCCGAGCGCCGCAACUACGAGGAGUCCAACUUUGUGCGCCUGCCCAAGGAGAGCAAGAAGGACCGCGCCAAGAAGCGCGAUCGCGGUGCUGGGGGCUAUGGUGGCGAGGAUUGGCGUGGCUUGGGUGCGGGUAUCGACCGCAUUGAGAGGCUGACGUCGAAGAAGGAGAGGGGUGGCACUGCGGGCGCGUUGGACCGGAGCAGGAAGAGGGCGGUGGAUGAUGGGCCGAGGGGGUCGGGCGAGGGGGCCCAGGCCGGUGCCAUGUUUGCGAAGAGGAGGAAGGUGCAGUCGAGGAGGAAGUGA